GUCACAGGCUUGCAAGACCGGUGUCGUCUCGCCCGCUUUCAAAAAUCAUAAACCAAAGCACACUACUCUCUCCACUAGCGCCGCUGCCUCCUCUCCUUUCCCGACCCCCGGAGCCGAAGCAGAGCCGGAGCGGCACCGGGCAAGGGCAUGGCGGGGGCCGGGGAGAAGGUGGACUACGUCUUCAAGGUGGUGCUGAUCGGCGACUCGGCGGUGGGCAAGUCGCAGAUCCUGGCCCGCUUCGCCCGCAACGAGUUCAGCCUCGACUCCAAGGCCACCAUCGGGGUCGAGUUCCAGACCCGCACCCUCGUCAUCGACCACAGGAGCGUCAAGGCCCAGAUCUGGGACACCGCAGGCCAGGAGAGAUAUAGGGCUGUGACAAGUGCAUACUACAGAGGGGCACUGGGAGCUCUGCUGGUUUAUGACAUCACCAGGCGCCAGAGCUUUGAUCAUAUACCACGGUGGCUAGAUGAACUCCGUGCCCAUGCUGACAAGAACAUAGUGAUAAUGCUAGUUGGCAACAAGAGCGACCUUGAGGAGCAGCGAGCGGUGAGUACUGAGGAUGCCAAGGAGUUUGCUGAGAAGGAGAACCUCUUCUUCCUGGAGACCUCUGCACUCCAGGCAACAAACGUAGAGAGUGCUUUCCAAACUGUCUUGACAGAGAUCUUCAAAAUCCACAGCAAGAAGAACAUGGUGUCCGAGCCAAAGAGCAAUGGGGCUGCCCCAGCAAUGCCAGGGAAGAAGGUCCUUGUCCCAGGUCCGGCGCAGGAAAUCCCGAAGAGCAAAUGCUGUAGUUCCAUGUGAUGCUUCUACAUUCGGUGUUGGGUGUGUUGAAUAUAUUCCUGCAAUAUUGUUUUGGUUGUAUAUCCCUGCUGAAAUACUCAGAUUUUGGCGGGUUGAUUGUGUUGAAACACUGUUGUAUCUUAGAUUUUGUCACAAUUGUGACAUGAGGGGAAGGAUGUGUUAUUGUUCUCCAAUUGAUACAUUUUUUCCCUGCUGGAAAUAUUCGAGAUAUCAUUUUGUUUUC